GCCUACUACUAUAUAGGCUAAAGGAAACCCUAGUUCCGUCUUCUCCUACCUUGAGCAAAAGACCGAGUUGGGGCUGCCAAAUUCUUCAGUUUUUCAGAAAUGGUUACUUUCAGGUUUCACCAGUACCAGGUUGUUGGGAGGGCUCACCCAACAGAGAGCGAUGAGCAUCCCAAGAUCUACAGGAUGAAGCUUUGGGCCACCAAUGAGGUUCGGGCCAAGUCCAAGUUCUGGUAUUUCUUGAGAAAGCUGAAGAAGGUUAAGAAGAGCAAUGGUCAAGUCCUUGCUAUCAAUGAGAUUUUUGAGAAGAAUCCUACCAAGAUCAAGAAUUAUGGUAUUUGGCUUCGCUACCAAAGUCGUACAGGUUAUCACAACAUGUACAAGGAAUACCGUGAUACAACUUUGAACGGAGCCGUUGAACAGAUGUAUACGGAGAUGGCUUCUCGCCACAGAGUUAGGUUCCCGUGCAUUCAGAUCAUCAAGACGGCAACCAUCCCAGCCAAGCUAUGCAAGAGGGACAACACCAAGCAGUUCCACAACUCAAAGAUCAAGUUCCCCUUGGUGGUGAAGAAGGUGCGACCACCUACCAGGAAGCUGAAGACAACCUACAAGGCGUCAAGGCCCAACCUGUUUAUGUAAUUUCUCUUUCGGAAAGGGGAGUUUAAAGUUCUGAAAAUUUUUGGUAAUGAAUUUCUGUCAGUUUAUUGAUUGGAUAUUGCUUUUAUUUGAGAAGGCUUGGGAUGUCAGACAGGUUGAACUUAGUUCCUUGGAUUUCAUUAUAUCAUUUUAUCUAGUUAUGAGUUGUUAUGAUGUCAUCAUC